UAGUAUUAGAAAAACAUAGUAUGCUCAUGUUGGAUGAAAAAAUUAAUGAAAUCUCCAAUCUUAUGGAAAAACUUAAUAGCUUGAAAAGUUCAAAAUCAAAUUUGGAAAAACAAUUGGAGGUUUACAAAAAUCAAGAACAUGAUAUAAUAGAGUUGAAGAACAUUGUUGAAGAAAAAACUAAAAUCAUAGAUGAUAAUAAUUCAAAGAUUGAACUAUUAAACAGUCUUAUAGUGCAGACCAAGGACGAGUUUAAUGCGAGACUCAAAGAAAAAGAAAAUGAAACCAACGAGCUUGUGAAGAUUGCRGAAGAUAAAUUAAAUGCAGAAAAGAUAAUAUUUGAAACACGUAUUAAAUCUUGUUUAGAUGAAAAAAAUACAGAAAUUAAAAUAUUGAAAAACCAAUUACAUGAGUUUGCAGAAAAUAAUACAGAAAAAGAAUUAAUGUUCAAGUUAGAAUCUAUUAUUAACGAAUUAGAAAAGGAGAAAUUACAGGUAUUGAAUUUAGAAACAUUGAAAACUGAAUUGGAAAAAACUGUAUUACAACAUAAAACUGAUUUGGAGUUAUUAGAAGUAUCUAAAAUUAAUAUGCAAGAAGAUAUGACUAAAACUAUUGAAAAACAACAAGAUCUCAAUGCUGAACUAACGGCUAAAACUAUUGCUGAAUCAGAGCGAUUAAAUGGUGAAAAAUUAAACAUCCAAAAACAAAUUGAUGAACUACAGAUUGAAUGUUCUGGGCUACGAUCAACACUAAAUGAAAAGAACCAUGAAAUCCAAAAUCUAAAAACUCAAAUGUCUCAAGAAAAGCCUGCUGUUUCUUGCAAUGAUGAAUUAAAUCAGUUAAAAACUUUAGUUGAAAAGAGUCAUAAUGCUCAAUCUCAUUUGGAAUUCCGUAUUCAAGAACUAACAGAUGAAAACCAUCGUUUGAAUGAACGUAUUGAAAGUGACAGUAAUCUACUUCARAAGAAUCAUAAUGCUAUGCAAGAAAAAUAUAAUAUUGAAAAAAAAUAUGAAGAAACUUAUAAUAAUUUAAAAAUUAAAGAAAAUCAAAUCUUAGUGUUGCAAACUGAGCUGAAUUCUUGGAAGUUAAAGGAUACAGAGAAAACCAAAAAUAAUAAUGAUCAAGAAAAAACAGAUAAAUCUGAAGCCCAUUUAUUAGCAGAAAAAAAUCAAGAAAUUAAAAUGUUGAAUUCCAUAAUAUUAGGCUUACAUAAAAAGUUAUCUGCUGUUAUGGAAACUGAUGUUUCUGACUAUGAAGUGUAA